AAUAGAUUUUAAAUUUAAUCGAGAUUCUAAUUAACAGUUUAAUUUAUUUCAUGCUACUGUUAUUAAUACCAAAUUAAAACUUAAAGAUAUCUUAAAAUCUAACGGUAUUUAUGCACUUUUGGUGGGAACGAUAAUUUCAUGAUUUUUCUAUGGUUAAACAUGUUCGAUUGCAGACACUGUGCCAGCAAUUUACAUGUGAACAGAAAUUAGUAUUGUACUAAAGAUGUAAUUUGAUGCCUCUUGAAUAUGUUACUUGACACCGUGAUAACUUGUAUAUCAAUUACUAAUGUACAUAUAUACAGUCAUAUUUUUUAAUAACUAAAAAAGAAAAUUGAAAUUCUUAGUGAACGACGAACGAUUCAUUUUUGAAGAAGUGAACUAAUGAGCUAAGUUCAGUAAAGUGAUUCGUUUUUUAAGUUUAGUUCGUUCGCGAACGACACAUGACUACUCAGUACCCUUUUAAAUGGCAAUGAGGAAGGUCUGUAUCGAUUGAAUAUUUUAUAAAUUUUAGGAAAUUGUUGUUUAAUAAAAUUUAUUUUGAAUGAAAACUUACCUUUUUUGGCAUUUCUUUUUUGCAAAUAUUAAAUUAAAACUCAAACAUUUCCUUAUAUUAAAAUCUUUAUGGGUAAUUUUAGAUGCAAAUGAUUUUAAAUUAAGUAAAAGUAUGGUGAAAAUAUAUUUUCCUCAUAUAAACUCUUUACUUUUUUUAGAAACUAUAAAACGAAAAUGAGAGUUGCUCUCUCUACGUGGUGGCCUUAGUUACCGCGACUGUGUUUUUUUUUAUCUGAUUUUUCAGAAUUUUCAAAGAUCUAACAGAUGACCAGAUUUCUUGCCCAAAAUGCCAGAUUGUUUUAACUUUAAUUUUUUUAAAAUCACUUUAAAUUUCUUGUUUUGUGAAUUAUUAUUACUCUAAUGCAGGGUUUCUUAACCUUUUUGGUGCAAUGGACCCCUUUAAAAAUUUUAAAUAUCUCACGAACCCCUCUGUGAAAAAAAAUUGUUUAAACGUCAAUUAUUAUAACUCACCACAUGACUGAACUCACCUUUAUUUGAAAACACCGUUGUCAACACAAAAAAAACACUAGAAAAAACUAUGUACAAAAAAGCACUCGAAAAAAAAAUACUAGUAAAUACAAUACUUUACGAACAAAUAUUUCGCUUUAAGAAUUUGCAAGAACUUUGUGGAACUGAACUGAUUCUAACGCACUUUAUUCUAAGUGAAAUAAAAAUCAAAGGCUACUCAGUGUUUCAAAUUUUCAAAUUUUGACAAAAAAAAAUUUUUUAAAGAAAUUUUAAAAAUUGGGAGCAGAAAUUAGGAGCAGUCGGCGAACCCCCAAAAUAUGAUCCAUGGACCCCCAAGGGGUUAAUGAACCACAGGUUAAGAAACCAUGCUCUAAUGGUAGUCAAGUAUUUGAAAAAUAAAUAUGUAUGUAUGUAUGUACAUAAAAAAUUUAUUUUAAAUUAAUUGACAUCUAUGUAGGUGAUGUUGAAGCUGGAUAAUAAUUAUAUUUAAUAAUUAUACAGGGUGUUUCACAUAAGGUGGCAAAUAAUUUCAGAGAUAAUUCUUUGAUCAAUUUGCAGUUUUCGAGCUACAUCCCAUUGAAACUCAACCCGGACUUUUCCCGCAUAUAAAUAAAUGCUUAUAAUUUCGUAACCAUAUAAUUAUGUUAACAUAGAGUUAUCAUUAGGAACUUGUUUUACAGGCGAUAGAUAGUUCUUUAUUUUUGGUCUAAUAAUUAAUUUGAUUUGAGCCUCGUCAGAGACAAAAUUUUUAUUUUUUUAACUUUUUGUACAAAAAUCGAAAUUUCUCGAAAAUUUUUGUUAUAAUUUUUUUUUUGUGUUUUUCGAUACGAUCUCUAGAAGUUAAUCCAUAUAAAAUUUCUCUCUGUAUCUUAUUGUUUUACUAGUAAAACGUAUUAAACGUGUUCAAAAAACAUGCGUUGGUAAGUCUAUAUGACAUUCUUUGGUAAACGCUUCAAAUUUUUUAGGGAAAAUUAUAUAAUAUAUUGAGCCUUAUUCUAGUUGUCGCGUCACUUACGUGACAUUUGUCGUUGUCGUUGUCACGUCACUUGAAAUGUGGUAUUCUAGUUGUCGAGUGACGUGACUGCGAGAAAUAAACGAAAAUGAAACGUUUCAAGUGAAAUUGAUACAUUUUAAAAAGAAAUUUUGGCGAGUAAAGUUCAAACUAAAAAAAAAAUUCGGUGUAUAUGUAUAUUUAUUUUUUGAAAUAAAAGGGAAAUAAAAAAUGUCGUCAUUUGCAUUAUGGUUUACGGAUUCAUCAGAUUCCGAGAGUGAUGAAAUCGAAAAAAAACAACAAUUAAGGAUCAAAAGAUUUAAGAUUAGGGACAACUCUAAUCCAUUGGAUUUGCCAAAUGGAGUAUUUAUAAGCUAUUACAGACUUUCAAAGGAGGCCUUUCUAUAUUUACUAAAUAUAUUUGAGGGAAAAACAAGUACCCCUAAAAGGUGUUUUGGAGUCUCACCUAUAAUUAAAUUAGGAGCUGUUUUACGCUUCCUAUCUGAGGGCAGCUAUCAAAAAGGUGUUGCUAACGAUUUAUAUACAGGUUUAGCGCAGCCUACGUUCUCUAAAAUAUUAAAAGAAGUUUUAGCAACUUUAGAAGCUGAAAUUUGCAGCAGUUUGAUAAAGUUUCCAGAAGAGAAUGAAAGAAAUGAGAUUAAAUUAGCAUUCUAUGAAAAAUUUGGGUUUCCUGGAGUGAUCGGCUGUGUAGACGGAACACACGUUAGAAUUAUAACUCCGUCAAAAAAUCAUCAGCAUUUAUAUUAUAACCGGAAGGGUUAUCAUAGCUUAAACGUUAUGUUGGUUUGCGAUCAUAAAAUGCGCAUCAGGUAUGUUGAUGCUAAUAAUCCGGGAUCAUCUCAUGAUUCUUUUAUUUGGAAUUACAGCAGGUUAAAUGCAAUACUUUCAAGAGAAAAUAUCAACGGUACACGAAAUACCUGGAUUUUAGGGGACGCAGGGUACCCACUUAAACCAUACUUGAUCACGCCGUUCAGAACAUAUAUAAACAGAGGUGACAGCAGUCAAAAAGGAAGAUUUAAUGAGCUUCAUUCCAAGGUACGAAAUAUAAUUGAGAGAACUAAUGGAGUUCUCAAAAAUACAUUCCGCUGCCUGUUGAACGCUCGGGAGCUUCAUUAUACACCAGAGAAAGCCACACAAAUUGUGAACGUGUGCUGUGCUUUGCACAACUUAAAAAUCAAAUAUAACGUGCAAGAUGAACCUGUGGAAAUAGAAGAUGAAAAUGAUGAAAACGAUGAAGAUUUAGAGCAGGAUGAAGAAGAUGCCUCUUUAAUAAGAACAAAUAUUAUGAACUCCAUUUUUAAUUUAUAAAUAAAGUUUUUAUUAGCAGUAACAUAAAUACAUAGUAUUAUUAAAUUAUUAACAUAACAGACUUUUUUUUGUACUUGCAUUUGUUAACUU